UCACAAGAAAUUAAGAUUUUUAAAUUACAUAGCUUAUUUGGUACUUUGGAAUUUUGCAUCCGAUGAAAGCCAGAAAACAUGACUCAGUAAGAACGCAUGGUGGCGCUGCAGGCUAAGAGGAUGGAAAAACCAGCAUUACCUCCCAGCUCCAGUAUCUAGCCAGUUAAGGCACCGCCUGAAAGCAGAACUGCUUUCUCGGCCGGAGCAGAAGCCAGAGUGAAACCUCGUUAAAACUCGAGUAGCGCAGCUUGGUUCCUGAGUUCUGGACUGCAAGACAGCGCUGUCAGAAUCCUGAGCAUAUGGGAAACUCCUGAACAGAAUUUUUGAGAAAGAGCAAUGGAGACUGGAUGGAUGCGCAAUGGGAGAUCAAGGCAAGCUGUGCUUUUCUUUGUUUUGCUGAGCAUGCUUGGGGCGGGCGCGGAUCUGGGGCCCUACGCAGUGGUGGAAGAAACGGAGAGAGGAUUCUUUGUGGCAAAUCUAGGAAAAGAUCUAGGGCUGGGGCCGAAGGAGCUGUCCUCCCGUGGGGCCCGGAUCAUUUCCCAAGGAAACAUAGAGCAUUUGCAGCUCCGGGUUCAAACUGGGGAUUUACUCAUUAAUGAGAAACUGGAUCGAGAGGAGCUAUGCGGUCCUCUUGAGCCUUGCGUGCUGUAUUUCCAAGUGCUGAUGGAAAAACCCUUAGAGAUAAUUCAGGCUGAACUGAGAGUGGCAGACAUAAACGACCAUGCCCCUGUGUUCUCUGAAAGAGAAAUGAUUCUAAAAAUACCAGAAAACAGCCCUCUAGGAAGCGCGUACCCCCUGAAUAAUGCUCUGGAUUUGGACGUAGGAAGCAACAACGUUCAGAACUAUAAAAUCAGCCCCAAUUCCCAUUUUCGCGUUCUAACCCGCGAACGCAGCGAUGGCAGGAAAUACCCUGAGCUGGUGUUGGAUAAAGAGCUGGACCGGGAGGAGGAGUCUGAACUGAGAUUAACUCUGACGGCGCUGGAUGGCGGCUCUCCGCCCCGCUCUGGCUCCGCGCAGGUGCGCAUUGAAGUUGUGGACACGAAUGAUAACGCCCCCGAGUUUGCGCAGCCACUCUACAGGGUGCAGAUUCCGGAGGACAGCCCCGUGGGCUCCCUGGCUGUCACGGUAUUCGCCACUGAUUUAGACAGCGGGGCUUAUGGGAAAAUAUCGUACACACUCGUUCAGCCUUCAGAAGAUAUCAGCGAGACUUUGGAGGUAAAUCCUGUGACAGGAGCAGUUCGACUGAGAAAACAAAUAGACUUUGAAAGAGUCCAGUCUUAUGAAGUGGACAUCAAGGCCACGGACGGCGGAGGUCUUUCAGGAAAAUGCACUCUGCUCCUGCAGGUGGUGGACGUGAACGAUAAUCCGCCAGAGGUGAGGAUGUCUGCACUCAACAGCCCCAUCCCGGAGAACGCGCCCGAGACUGUAGUUGCUGUUUUCAGCGUCUCGGAUCCUGAUUCCGGGGACAACGGGAGGACCGUUUCCUCCAUCCAGGAAGACCUCCCAUUCGUUCUGAAACCGUCAGUCAAGAACUUCUACACCCUGGUAACGGAUGGAGCGCUGGACAGGGAGGCCAGGGCCGAGUACAACAUCACCAUCACCGUGUCCGACCUGGGCACGCCCAGGCUGACGACCCGGCACCACGUCGCGGUGCAGGUGUCCGACGUGAACGACAACGCCCCGGUCUUCAGCCAGGCCGCCUACACCCUGCUGGUGCGCGAGAACAACAGCCCCGGGCUGCUCAUCGGCUCCGUGAGCGCCAGCGACAGGGACGCGGGCGCCAACGCGCAGCUCACCUACUCGCUGCUGCCGCCGCCGCCCCAGCAGCAGCCGCAGCCUCAGCCGCAGCCGCCCCAGCCGCCGCAGCCCGACGUGGCGGCGCUCGUGUCGGUGCACGCGGACAGCGGGCAGCUGUACGCGCUGCGCGCGCUCGACUACGAGGCCCUGCGCGCCUUCGAGUUCGGCGUGCGCGCCGCCGACCGCGGCUCCCCGGCGCUGAGCAGCGAGGCGCGCGUGCGCGUGCAGCUGCUGGACGCCAACGACCACGCGCCGGCCGUGCUGUACCCGCCGGCCAACGGCUCGGCCGCCUGCCCCGAGCUGGUGCCGCGCGCGGCCGACGCGGGCUACCUGGUGAGCAAGGUGGUGGCGGUGGACGGCGACGCGGGCCAGAACGCCUGGCUGUCGUUCGAGCUGCUCAAGGCCACGGAGCCCGGGCUGUUCGGCGUGUGGGCGCACAGCGGCGAGGUGCGCACGGCGCGGCCGCUGAGCGAGCGCGACGCGGCCCGGCAGCGGCUGCUGGUGCUGGUGCGGGACCACGGCGAGCCGCCGCUGUCGGCCAGCGUGACGCUGCACGUGCUGCUGGUGGACGGCUUCUCGCAGCCCUACGUGGCGCUGCCCGACGCGGCGGCGGCGGCCGAGCCGGCGCGGCCCGACUGGCUCACGGUGCAGCUGGUGGUGGCGCUGGCGGCGGUGUCGUCGCUCCUGGUGCUGAGUGUGCUGGCGCUGGUGGCGGCGCGGCUGUGCGGCGGGGGCGGGGGCGGGGGCGGGGCGGGGUGUGCGCUUGGUGGCGGCGGCGCGGGUGGGGAGGGCCGCUUCCCGGGGCCGCUGCUGGACGUGAGCGGCGGCGGGACGCUGUCGCACAGCUACCAGUAUGAGGUGCGCCUGACGGGCGACGCUGGGACCGGGGAGUUCAAGUUCAUGAAGCCCAUUAGCCCCAACCUUCCUUCCCAGGGCACUGGGAAAGAAAUAGAGGAAAACUGUACUUUUCAGAGUAGCUUUGGGUUUAAUUACUGAAAGGAACCCAUUUAAUACACAUUUCCUCUUGAGACUGCCUUUUUAUUCAUCACCUCCAGCAGGGUGCUACUUAAUUUUGUUAGAUGUGUCAUCAGUUUCCUAUUUGCCUAACUGUGCAAGUUUCCAUUUUCUCAUAUGAGACAUUUUCCUGGAAUAUCAGUGAUUGAAAUGGUCUUUAUCUUCAAAAUUCAUAUUAUUUCAAAGACUCUC